UGGGUAGGUUAUUUUUAAAGUGUACUCCUGGAACCUUCCCGGCAGUGUAUGUCGACUGGUUCAGACAGAGGUUCACAGAGAAUAGAGAACGUUGGUUUUCAAAGAGGGUGGUUCUCUCUUGUUUUUCACAGUUGCAGACAUGGCAUCCAUGGAUUCACUUCAAGCGGGAUACGAGGGCCACUAUGUGGAUGGAUUCCAGUUGUACUUGCAACGCUCUCAGGAACACAAGGUUAUACGUGAGUUCAUCGACAGGAUUCUCCCGGAUGAAUUUGCAAGAAUUGCAGAGGGUAAAAAGAGUCUGAACGUUCUUGGUGUUGGAAGUGGAGGAGGUGAACUGGAUGCCCAUAUACUCUCCGUGCUGCAGACAAAAGUCCCAGGAACAUCCAUCAAUGCUGAUGUACUGGAGCCCAGCCACGAACUGAAUGAGAACUUCAAAGCUUUGGUGGCCAAGACUCCCAACCUGCAGAAACUAUCCUUCAACUGGCAUUCAAUGACCUGUGCGGAGUAUGAGACAAUGUUCAAAAACAAGAAGGAAACAAAGAGAUUUGACCUUGUGCAUAUGAUUCAGAUGCUGUUCUAUGUAACAGACCUCAAAGCAACCGUCAAGUUUUUCCAUAGCCUGCUCAGAGAGAAAGGCAAGCUUUUGAUUAUCCAUGAAGCAGCAAGUAGUGGCUGGAACACGCUCUGGAAGACCUACAAGGAAGAGCUUUGUAAAAGGUCUCUCAGCGACUACUUAUCUGCCGGAGACAUCAAAGACCGCCUUCAGGAGCUGGGACUCAAAUACGAAGAGCACGCCCUCCACAACACUUUGGACAUCACAAUGUGUUUCGAUAAGGCAGACGAAAUGGGAGAGAAGCUUCUGGACUUUAUGACAGACCAGGUCCAUUUCCAUCAGUCGCUGAACGCUGACGUUAGAGCGGGAAUCGUGGACUUGCUGCAGAACAAAUGCAGCACCAAAAAAGAUGGAAGAAUCAUGUUUGACUGCUCCUUGACUGCGCUGCUCGUUUAUCCAUAAACAGCAGGGCCCUUACCAGUUUAUGUUGUAAUACAUAGUGCAGAGAGCUGCAUCCAUAUUUUUUAAACAAAGAAAAAGGUAAAAAAAAAACUUUUUCUGAACCGGGGUAAUGUUGGUACCUCCAGAGUGACCAUACAAACAGAAGUAAAAUAUCUCAAAGUAUUUUUUUUUCUUCCCAGAACUUUUAUUCUAAAAGCCAAUAAAUUACAUUGCUCUUAGUUAUCCUUAUGCUUGACAAGUUACGUAGUUUACACGUGAUGUCCUUGUAAUGGCAGCUUGGAUAUACUGUCCAUCUUGUCCUUACCUGUCAUCAGGAUAUUAAUUACAUAGCUGGUUCCAGUUUGGGCAGGAUUUUGAUUUGCCAUUUGAUUUGCUCAAAGAUUGAUCAGAAAUUUAAUGCCAGGUUGAGGAGAUGGCUCAUUUUUAUUCACCCCAACAGCAAAACAAGGCAUAUAGUAAUUUGAGGAGGGGAGGGGGUGCAAUAAAUUAGAUUCUUCUUGUAUUUGUUUUAUAUACAUGUAUGAAGCACAAGGUAACCUUAGUUAACCCGCUACCCUCCUCUUUUAAUGUUUUGUGACAUCUAUAUAUGUAUAAUUCCAAACCACUUACUAACAAUGUCAUAGUGGGGUGUACUACAUUAGCCUGACCACUGGGGGGCAGUAAAAGCUAUCACACUGUUAACUUGAUAAAGUAUCAGUAAAUGUGAAAAGAACACACGCUCAAAAUUCACUCUAUAAGGAAUACCUCUGUUUUUGCUUCAGGGCAGCAAACAGGACUGAAGUUUUUCAAAAAGCACAAAGCAAAUAUCUGCAGCUGUUACAGAUACUGCAUGUGCCAUUUCCAGAUAUGUCUUCUGACUUUAGUGACCUCACAAACAUCCUGAAAUACAACAAGCUCAAACAACAUGCUGUCAUUUUAUGAAUGCUUACUAUUUAUUCUACUAUUUCUACUACUAUUACUACUAAUAAUAAUAACAACAACAACAACAACAACAACAACAAAAAUAUUUAAAUAUUUUCAUGGACAGAUAGAUGUGAAUGCUGAAAACUGUAGUCAGGUUAUUUGUUAACAGCUGGAAGAAUUGCGAUUCACUGCACAAACAGAGUGUUCUGUGGGCAAUAAAUCUGUGGCCCUUAAUUAGCACCUCAAAAGCCAUUCCACCGUGCCAGGGGCAAGCAGCAGCAGAUGUAAUAACAAACAUUUGUUUCACAGUAAUUUGUGAACAUAAAAGUUCUGCACGCUCAAAAUGGAUCAAAUGCUUCAUUUUACUCGUUUCCUCCGGUAGUUAUAGUCACAUUGUUAUAUAGCAGCGAAUACAUCUGAAAAUGUAUUUGACUGUGUGAGGUACCGCGACUGAAUCGGCUUGAGACUUCUUUUUGUUUUUGAAAGGAUUUCUGCGCUGAUUAGCACCGUACACAUCCGUGUUUGGACUUAAACUCCAUGUUAAGAGGACCCAUACGUGCCUGCAGUCUGAUAUGACAUCUGACAUUUUUAGAAUUUCAGGCUCACAUUUGUCUAUAUCAUCUACUGCCCUGGGAUUUUGAAAUGCCUCAAUAAGCUAAAAAUGAUAUAUCGGUAAACAUGUGUCACGAUAUACGUCCACCAGACAUGUUGGUAGGUUUUUUCCAUUGGAAAAUCUCUUUACAAAACUUGGAACUAAUCUUGCGAUUGUUUCUUUGUUUCUUAUGAUGAUAAUCACAUCUCACCCAAAGUCUUCAUUUUAUAUGAGAUUACUAUCCACUCUUUUCUGUGUGAGGUGCCUCCAUUUACGGUAAAUAAAUAUAUAUUUCACAACC